CGCGCCGCCCGCUCCGCCCGCCAGUCGCCUCCCGCGCUUCGUUCCGCUCGUACGUGUCCGUGCUCCGCGCCGUGCUCCCGUGCUCGUGCUCCCGUGCCCGUGCUCAGUGCAGUGAUCGUGUCAGUAUACAUAACUCAGUGACAGUUCCUUCGGUUCCCGAUUCAUCGGUUUAGCUGUUCAUCAUCGUCAUUUUAACUGCAACAUGAGCGCGUGAGCAGCAGAGAGGCGGCAGUGACAGCGAGGUGACAGAGAGGCGACAGCGGCGGCAGCAUGUUCGGCGGCGGCAGCGGCGGCGCGUACGGCGGCGAGUGCGGCGAGGGGUACGGGCUGGGCUACGUGGCGGGCGGCGGGCGCCUGCAGCAGUACGCGCACUUCGCGCCGCACCAGAGCUGGCACCACCACGCCGCGCACCACGACACCUACGGUACGUGCUCUGUGUACACGUGGCGGCGGCGGCGCGUACGGCGGCGAGUGCGGCGAGGGGUACGGGCUGGGCUACGUGGCGGGCGGCGGGCGCCUGCAGCAGUACGCGCACUUCGCGCCGCACCAGAGCUGGCACCACCACGCCGCGCACCACGACACCUACGGUACGUGCUCUGUGUACACGUGGCGGCGGCGGCGCGUACGGCGGCGAGUGCGGCGAGGGGUACGGGCUGGGCUACGUGGCGGGCGGCGGGCGCCUGCAGCAGUACGCGCACUUCGCGCCGCACCAGAGCUGGCACCACCACGCCGCGCACCACGACACCUACGGUACGUGCUCUGUGUACACGUGGCGGCGGCGGCGCGUACGGCGGCGAGUGCGGCGAGGGGUACGGGCUGGGCUACGUGGCGGGCGGCGGGCGCCUGCAGCAGUACGCGCACUUCGCGCCGCACCAGAGCUGGCACCACCACGCCGCGCACCACGACACCUACGGCAGCAGCGGCGUGGGCAGCGUGGGCGCCGUGGGCGGCGUGGGCGGUGUGGGCGGCGUGGGCGGCGGGCUGUACGGCCAGAACAUGGUCAUGGGCUCGUGGUGCGCGCCCUACGACGCGCUGCAGCGCCCGCCGGCGUACGAUGGCGUGCUGGACGCGUACGAGGAGGGCCGCGAGUGCGUGAACUGCGGCGCCAACAACACGCCGCUGUGGCGCCGCGACUCCACGGGCCACUACCUGUGCAACGCGUGCGGCCUGUACCACAAGAUCAACGGCGUCAACCGCCCGCUCGUGAAGCCGAGCAAGCGGCUGUCGGCGGCGCGGCGGCACGGCCAGUGCUGCACCAACUGCGGCUCGCGCAACACCACGCUGUGGCGCCGCAACAACGACGGCGAGCCGGUGUGCAACGCCUGCGGCCUGUACUACAAGCUGCACGGCAUCAACAGGCCUUUAGCGAUGCGAAAAGAUGGAAUACAAACACGGAAACGAAAGCCGAAAAAGUCAGGGAACGGCGCCAAGCCGCCGUCAGAUGGCGCCAAGAAAGACGGACUCAACUCGCCGGGAAUUGACGAAAGCAAGCCCAGCAUAGCAGAAGUGCCGCUGCCGCUGACAGCCGCCAUGGCGGGCGCGGGCGGCAAGGCGCGCGAGCCCGCGCCGUCCCCGCACGCGCACGCGCACGGGCACGGGCACGCGCACGCUCACGCGCACGCGCACGCGCAGAGCACGCAGUACGCCGGGCACGCGCUGCCGCUGCCGAGCGCGCCCGCCUUCCUGUCCAACCCGUCGCUGUUCAGCAUCAAGAGCGAGCCCAGCGCGCCGGCCGGCUACGACGGCUACGCGCACUCCGGCUCCGGCGCGCCCUACCACUCGCAGCAGCACUACCUGCAUGCACUUCAGUACGGUCUGAGCAACGGCGACGAGGAGGAGGGCAGCGGGUUCCUGCACCAGCGCAACGUGACGGCGCACGCCAAGCUCAUGGCGUCCACGUAGCAGCGCCGCCUCGCGCCGCGUGCUCGCCAGAGUUAGCGCACCGCUUGCGGCCCGCCGGGUCACCGCCACGGGUCUCGUUCUGGAGUCCAUGCUAAAACAUAUCCAGGACUGCUGCUUCCACAGAUUGUGGCAUAUCCGUGAUAGGUACAAGUACCUACCUACUUAUGGAGAUCUCAUGGCUAUCAUAGUCAAAGCCUGCAGAAUCAAACCAUACCUACAGCCAGGAGUCAUCGAUUUUGCAAGAAAUCUAAAGAUUGAAAUUUUUUUUGAAGAGACCUAAUUAAAUAGUAAGGACGGAGUGGCUGUCCCUAGGGAUCGUGGAAGGUUGAUGUACUUACCUAAGACUAAACACCGCCUGAAAGGAUUAAAAUCCGCCAAGUGCCUUGUUCAAAUUCUUAGAUAAGUGCCUUACUUUUUAGUUCAAAUUCUGUACGAUGUAGGUAUCUAAGUAGGUAAGACUGAAAACCACAGAGUUUUUCUUACCUAUAUACCUACCAAACCAUUUCUAGGGUACUACCUACCUACGAAUUGUACCUACACUUAAUUCUAAGCCAUUGAGACUUACUUACUUAUGUAAUAAAAAAUGUUCAUUUGCUCUAGUCCGAUGCAAAUAUUUUCUUGUUACACUGGCUUAGAUACCCACGACUAUUGUGAUCAAGUAACAAGUACUGAGGUUUCUGUCAGAAUGUUUGUACGGCGAUAAACGAUUGUAUAUUUGUGUUAGAUAAGGUUUAUAAUAUGGAGAUCAGUAUUAUUGGACUCGUUAAUAAGGACCAGUCGUUCGCGAGACAACGCCAAGUCUGUUAUUUCCGUGUCAGCCGACAGGUCUCGACUCUAUGUAAUUUGUGUAAAAUAUAAAUUAGCGUAACACAUUGAAGGUAGUGGAGCGAUAAGGCGAAUGUAGAAAGUAAAGUACCCACUUAGCGUGUAAAUAUCUAAUUAAACAAUUUCGACUGAACGAUAUGUAGUCACCGAUGUGUAGGUGCCUACUUCGAUGAUAAGUUAAACUUGAUCUGACUCGACGAAGCGAGUUAUUCUAAUAAGUACUUAGAUACAUCACUAAUGGCCUUAUUGUUUAGCGACUUGAUAACUAAAUGCAAAUUCGAACCUCUCGACUAUUAAUUAAAUAGAGCCAAGUAAUGACUGCACGUUCCGCUUAUCUAGUGUCGUACUCGUACUACCAGUGAACAUAACUGGCGGUGAAUCUGAGAUACACUUCGCUCAUUCGGAGUGAAGGACUUGUACAGUUUAUGACCAGUGUAGUUUGUUGAAAGUCCAGGACUGUUCGUACUUUUUAGAGAUUCGUAGUUCAUGCUUCUAUUAUUGUAGAUAAUGAAACCCUUUACAAAAUUUUAUUCUAUAAACAUACCUACUCUACUGGUAAAUACCUAUUCACACUUAUGUAGGACUAGCAGAACAUCAUGAUUUCACCCACGUAGUUCUCAUUCCUUUAGGAAUACGGGGAUAAAGUGUAUCUUAUGUUACUCCCUGAUAACGUAGCUUUCUAUUGGUGAAAGAAUUUUUCAAAUUGGUCCUUACGUAAUAAAAUACAAACCUUUCCUUUUUAUAAUAUAGGUAUUGAUGUUGAUAUAUAAGAAGCAUGUUUUGUUUGAACUACGGGCUCCUACCUCAUAUGUAUUCUGAACGCUUGUCCAGUCAUUUUAGUUAUUAGUCAAAUAAAGACGUAUUAGUGUCCAAUCAUUGUUUAUAUACAAUCGGCCUAGACUAGACUAGACCUAUAGUACACUGUUGUAAAAUACAUAAUUAUAAUAAAAUUGUUAGUUUCACAUCUGCACAUGUUUGGCCUCUCGGCGUAGCAAUCUUAUGAAAAAAUAGAUCUAAGAAUAAAUCGCAUUUAUUAAUAGUUGUAUAUAGUAAAAUUAAUUAGCGAAAUAAUGUAAAGUCCGGAGUGCAUAUUCUGAACACUUUAUUUAAAAACAACUUUUGAUAACAACAUACAAAUGGCUCUGUGAAGAGAAAUGUACAAUAUAUAAUUAAACGUAUGAUGCACUA